CGCCUCGGCAACUCACCGGCGUUCACCAUGGGGAAGAAAUGGCUGCCGCUGGAAUCCAAUCCAGAGGUCAUGGCGGACUUUGCGCACGCCCUGGGCCUGCCGACGACGAUCGGGUUCCACGACAUCUUCGGCUUCGAACCCGACCUCCUCGCCAUGGUCCCGCAGCCCGUGCACGCGAUCCUCCUGCUCUUCCCCAUCACCGAAGCCUCGGAGAAGGCCAGACGCGAACAAUCAUUGAACGCCGCGAACAACAACGACGCCGCUUCGCCAGCCGUCUCGCCAAACGUCUGGUUCACGCGACAGACGAUCGGCAACGCGUGCGGCACCAUCGGGGUGUUACACGCGGUGUCCAACACCCAACACGAGUACCCCAUCGCGGACGACUCGUGGUUCGCGCGGUUCUUCGCCGCCACGCGAACGAUGACCCCGGUCGAACGCGCCGCGCAUCUCGAGGCUGACGAUUCCCUCGAGCACGCGCACGCGGGGGCGGCGUCGAGCGCGUCAGCCUCCACGGCCGUGCCCGAGGCGGACGAGGAGGUGGACCUGCACUUCGUGGCGUUGGUCCACGUCGACGGGGGGUUGUACGAGCUGGACGGGCGCAAGGACGCGCCCGUGAGGCACGGCGACACGUCCGCCGAGUCGUUCCUCCUCGACGCGGGUGCGGUGGUGAAAAAGUUUGUGCAGAUGGGCGGGGACUCGCUGAGCUUCAACGCCAUCGCGAUGGGUCCGAGCGCGGGGGGUGACGCGAUGUUCUAGACAGCGCGGGGUGGGUGGCGGAUCGAAAGAGACGGCGGCGACGGGUAGUGGAAUCGAUCGUUCAAGCGGCGCGGCUCGAGUCGAUCCCCGUAGCAAACACUUUUAAAAGCGGCUCAAGUAGCAGCGCAA